GACCCAACGAUUCCAUACCCUCGCGUAUAUCAUGAUUUCUUCAGUGAGUUUUUCAAACCGUAUCUUUCGCCUUCCCAUCUGCUCAAACUGUCCGUUGCGCAGGGCAUCGCCCAGUCUACGCUUCUCGCACGACACCACUCUGUUGCCUGUUUUGUGCUUUCAUCCCCUAGGAAUGUAUUGACACCACAGCAGGCAAGUCUGGGAGGGCUGCACGAGAAUAUAUAG